GUUAUUAUGGAGGGCUUACUUCCUGCUUUGCAGCAUGAAAUCAAGAAACUGCAACAGCCGCUCAACGAGGAAGCGAGAGAAAGCUGAGGCUUGACAGUAAUCCAGAACUGCUGCUGCUGCUCACAAGACUGCAGCAUGUGAUAUCGAUUAGUGAGAAAAGAGGACAACCGCUGCUUUGUUUCAGCCUCUGACCUGCUGGGAAACAUACAUCUUCUACAGCAAAUUAGCAGUAUUCCAAUGGAUGAAGCCUCGAGGAGAAGAAUUUAACCAAACUGAGUGGAAAGAACAGCAAUUAGUAUUUCAUUUUACAUCACGGGGCUGAAUCUCCUUCCCAAAACAAAGACCAAACAUGGUGCAUGUCUACAAUUGCCAUCCUUUCGCCUCACAGCAGAUUGUACAGGUGGAGCAGGAACCUGGAUUCGUGUGCAGUGGAGGCGGAGCGCUGUUUGUGGUGACAACAGGAGGAUGCAAGGUGGAGGCAUACAAUCUGGAAAAGGAGGGCUGCCCUCUAAUCUGUCGUUUUGCCACCAUGGGUACAGUUAGGAAAAUCCGGCACAGCACCAUAGGAGACUACUUGGUAACCAUAGAGGAAAAGAACAGCGCCACCUAUCUGAGAGUCUACACAAACUGGCGGUUCCAGGCGGAGGAGAAGGCCCGUGUUGGAGUGCGUUUAUUGGGCCACUUGCUUCGUGGGGCAUCUGUUUGGGGCGGCGUGCAGAUGGAGAUCAUUGAGAUCCCUCUGUCCGAGCAUCCAGUCGCCGUGGCAUGCUGCUCAGUGAAGGGAGACCUUCUGGUCGGUUGUGAGAACACUCUGGUUCUUUUCACAUUGAGGAGACAUACCCAACAGAACCUGAAGGAGAACCAGCAGGAACUUCAGAGCUCCUGGUCGAAUGCAGAGCAAAGCUGCAGUCAGAGUCGAGGUCGGACUUUUAGUCCAAAUCUGGAACUUUCUGUCUUGGACUUUGAACGUUCAGUCAUCCUGCAUCUCUCAAAAAUUAAUCUUAAAGAGGUGGCGCUGUGUGGAUCUUAUGUGGCAAUCCAGGCAGAGCUUGAAGUUCUGGUUCUGAAACUGGAAGCAACAACUGAGCGCACAGCCACAGAAGAACCUUCAGAGUCCUUGAAGUGUGCAAAUUUUCCAGAAGACCAGGGCGAUUUCCUGCUUGUUCCGAAACACCAGGAGCUGCUCGGAGAUCGAGCCAAAGAUUGUGACAUCCCCGUCAACGUUGAACAGACUGGACUGGAGGACGGGAGACACUACACUGCGUUCUACGUUCUUUUUAGGCGUUUUACUCCAGAGUUCUUUCAAGGCUGCAGUGUGGAGGAGAUGCAGCUCCACUCACUGCAGCUCUACCCAAUGUUCACCAGUAAACAGUCGGUGUCUGUGGACGAACCAGCCUGCAUGUUCUGUUUCUUCUCUCUUCCCACUGCUGGACAUCUGUACAGUUUGAGGGGUGGAGUUGAGCACCUCUCCGCCUAUCAGUAUCCAGAGAAGGUGCUGCAGGCGGUGCUAAUGGAUCACCUGCUGCAAGUCAUAACAAAGAAUGCUCUGCAGUCUUUCACAGUACGUUGUGCAGCAGUAGCAGCCAGGGUUGAAGAUCCCUACAUUGACACCACCAUGAAGGCUUGUCCACCAUGCAGCCUGGAGGUGUGUGCGCUCAGAAUGCAGUUAUUUAUUGGUCUGCGGUCAGUGUGUGCCUACGGUCGCCAUGUUAUCCUGCUCUCCACUGCUGACACAGAAACACCAGAGGAGACAGAACGCCACACGCAGCGCAGGGGCUUCGAGUUGAAAGAGCACAACAUGCUGACUGGUAUUUUCCUUGCGGUGGGAAUCGAUCCCGCAACCACACCAGCUCUGGAGAGCCUUCUCUCACGCCCCUUCCUGAGCAAGAGAUGGGCAAUCUCAUCUCCCAAAGAAACCAGCACUGUUGGACAUGGGUGGAAUCUCUAUGUUGUUGACACCGUACCCCCCCUCACACUUUACCAGGAGAUGGUUGAGUACAGUCAGCGCUACGCAGAGAAUAACCCACAGGGCCUGAGUCUUCGACACCUCCUUGGUGAAGCCCACCUCCUUCUCCGCUCCUGCAUGCUGGAGUCAUCAGAGCGGCAACAGGGCGGUGAAGGUGCCAGAAAGAUGGCUGCACAGAUGCACAGGGAGGAGCUGGAGGAGGCGUUCAGGCAGAACUGUGCCCAGCUUGGAGACAGUUUCAGCAGGGGUAGUCAGAAGGAUUGUCACCUGGCUUUGCCGUACUACAGGAUGUCCCGUCUGUCAGUCACUGAAGUUAUGUCCAGAAACCGCCCUCUUCCAGGCUGCCCUCACUCCUACGGCCCUGGUUUCCUGUUUUAUCUCAAACAUUACCUGUUAGAGGAAACAGACCAGAUCCUCUGUCAGGAAGACGCUGACGAGGUCACUAGCAUUUUCAGCCAAUCAGAGCCCUCAAUGCUCGUUAGUGUGUGUGCCAGCCCAUGUAUGAUGAAUGUUGACCCAGCUGCAACGCUGCAAAUGCUUCAACAUUUGGAGGACACCUCUGGUGUGUCGGUACCUCUGACAAUCACCAUGGCGACCAUGAUGCUGCGUCUGGGCAACAUGGCACGGUACACAGAGCUGAUGGAGCGACAUGCUGAGAUGCUGCUGGUGUAUGGGUUCAUUGAGGAGCCAAGGUUGCUGCUGCACGGUGGAGGAGGAGACAAACAUACUCAGGUGUGUCCCACAGCCUUGGCUCGACAGCUGGCAGACUCCCAGCCUGGACUGCUCGUGGCUGGCAUGGUGGCCCUACAUGAGAACAGCAAGGUUCAACUGGAGCAGGCGGAUCACAUUUUCAAGGAGCUGGGAGGUGAGAACACCUUACAGGUGGACCUUUGGGAGGCGAUGCUAAUGGCCUCUUCCCGGGAUGCCGUCAUUCAGGAGCUUCUGUUCCGGCUGGCUUCGGUUUACAUCGACCGACUGACAGCCAGUGAAUCCCCAACAAAACACAAGUCACUGAAAAGUGCUGACGACCUGAUCAGUUCAUGCUCUCAUUAUGGUGCUCUCUACCCAUGGCUCACUGUCCUGAACCCAGUUCAAAUUUCCAGCUACCAACACUGGGAGGCUCUACACAAACUGCAGUCCCUGCUGUGUGGUCCGUCCCUGUCUGUCAGAAGUGUUGCACCUCUGUUGGAGAGUCUGUCGGAGGAAACCCUGUGGGGCUUUAGCCUGCACCUCCUCUGUACCACCAGAAGGGGGCACUAUGGCCGCAGCAUUGAGCAGUUGUUGGACCGGUGUCCUCAGGCCAUUAUAGCCUACGCCAACCACCAGUUACAAGACAAACACAUGGCACUCUGGUGGCAGAAGCUUCUUCCUGAGCUGUGCAACCGGACGAGGGCAGCCGCUGACAACAGCAUCCUACUCGGGGCCCUCAAAGAAACGCUGGUCGUGGUUGCCAUGGAGACGAGCCCCACAGAGUUUUUGGAGCUUAUACCAGACGACGGCACGGCCUCGUACUUCCUGCCUCACCUGUUGACCUGCAGCCAAAGACACUUGCUGGCCUGAGAAGCAAAGACACUGAGACACAAACUGUUCCAGGAGCUUCUGGGUCUGGGGCAAAGGACCAUUACUAAGCUGGUUCUGCUUGCUGCAUCUUCAUGUAUCUGGUUAGACUUAGACAAACUGCUGUUUUAGGAUUAAUACAAUUCAAUCAAGCAUUUGACUCAAUCUUAAAAUGCAUGUAUUUCCUGUUGUAGUGGAUUUAGAUUUUUUUCCUGAGCUUUUUAGUGUUUAAUGUACAUUUUUAAAAAGUAUUUAUUAUAAAUUUAAAAUGUU